AUGUCAGCACGACCUCGACAAAUGGGAUCUCAGACCAAGCCCGGUAUCUUGAUUGUAACACUUCACGAAGGGCGAGGCUUUUCCCUACCCCAGCAAUAUCAGUCAGUCUUCAACAACCACUAUGGCUCCGGAGUUUCCGGAUCCGUUCGACCAAGUUCUUCAUAUGCUUCUGGAGGGUCAGUUGCGGGCUCAUACGCACCGACAAAUCGGCCAGUCUCAACUCAUGCUGGGAUCAACGCCGCGCCUACCAUUCACGGUAGAUACAAUAGCAAGUACCUGCCUUACGCCUUGCUGGACUUCGACAAAAUGCAGGUCUUUGUCGAUGCAGUUUCUGGUACCCCAGAGAAUCCCCUGUGGGCAGGUGACAACACCUCGUUCAAGUUCGACGUAUCCCGAGUCUGUGAAUUGAGUGUGCAGUUAUAUCUGCGAAAUCCUGCAGCUAGGCCUGGUGCAGGUAGAAGUGAAGAUAUCUUCCUCGGCGGAGCGAGAGUGACACCAAGAUUCGAGGAGGUUCGGCACUUUAUUCCAGAUCCCAAAAAGAGUAAGAAGGACAAUGAGAAGGCCGAGGCGCAGUUCGCAACUCAAGAACGACAAGCGGGCCAGCUCGGCGCAGAAUGGCUGGACAUCCAAUUCGGAACGGGGUCAAUCAAAGUUGGCGUUAACUACGUGGAAAAUCUUCAAGGUAGCCUCAAAAUGGACGACUUUGAACUUCUCAAAGUUGUCGGAAGAGGUAGCUUUGGGAAAGUCAUGCAAGUCCUGAAGAAGGAUACUGGCCGGAUUUAUGCCUUGAAGACCAUCAGAAAGGCUCACAUCAUUUCGCGGUCAGAAGUCGCUCACACCCUGGCCGAAAGAUCAGUUCUUGCUCAGAUCAAUAAUCCUUUCAUCACCCCGCUAAAGUUCUCCUUCCAGUCACCCGACAAGCUCUAUUUCGUUCUGGCGUUUGUCAAUGGCGGUGAACUAUUCCACCACCUUCAGAAAGAGCAACGCUUUGACAUCAACCGGUCUCGGUUCUACACAGCUGAGCUUCUCUGUGCGCUAGAAUGUCUUCACGGAUUCAAGGUCAUCUACCGAGAUUUGAAACCCGAGAACAUCUUAUUGGAUUACACUGGUCACAUCGCUCUCUGUGACUUUGGACUGUGCAAGCUUGACAUGAAGGAUGAGGAUCGCACCAACACUUUCUGCGGGACACCGGAAUAUCUCGCCCCAGAGCUGUUGCUUGGACAUGGAUACACCAAGACAGUAGAUUGGUGGACACUUGGUGUUUUGCUUUACGAGAUGCUCACAGGAUUGCCACCAUUCUAUGAUGAAAACACGAACGAGAUGUACCGCAAGAUUCUUCAAGAACCUCUCCACUUCCCUGGUCCUGAAAUUGUGCCCGCAGCAGCCAAAGAUCUGCUCCAGAAACUCCUGGAUCGAAAUCCAGAGAGAAGAUUGGGAGCAGGCGGCGCAGCAGAGAUCAAGGCCCAUCACUUCUUUGCUGGUAUUGACUGGAGAAAACUACUCCAGAGAAAGUAUGAGCCAAGCUUCAAGCCCAGUGUGGUCGACGCCAGAGAUACAGACAAUUUCGAUAAAGAGUUUACUUCUGAGGUACCCAAAGAUUCCUACGUGGACGGACCCAUGUUAUCACAGACCAUGCAGCAACAAUUCACCGGAUGGUCGUACAAUAGGCCGGUUGCAGGCUUGGGAGAUGCUGGAGGCAGUGUCAAGGAUCCUUCUUUUGAUCAACUCCACUAG